GGACGGACGGGUGUUUUGCGUGCGUGGCGGAUCUAGGUGGAACGUCUGACGUUAGCGACUGAGGCUUGGAAGUGUUUAUUGUUCCUAGUGUCGUCGAGGACAGAAAACCGUUGGCAUAGUGGAAACAUACGGAUAGCACAGCAAGUGUCUUAAAACAGCCAAGCCUAUUUCAGACAGGACCAACUGACCAUGGCUUAUGCGUACCUUUUCAAGUACAUCAUUAUCGGAGACACAGGUGUUGGGAAAUCAUGCCUGCUAUUACAGUUCACAGAUAAGCGCUUUCAGCCCGUGCACGAUCUUACUAUUGGUGUUGAAUUUGGGGCACGGAUGAUCACUAUAGAUGGCAAACAGAUAAAGCUCCAGAUCUGGGACACAGCUGGACAGGAAUCCUUCCGCUCCAUCACCAGGUCUUAUUACAGAGGAGCCGCGGGAGCCCUGCUAGUGUAUGACAUCACAAGAAGGGACACUUUCAACCACUUGACAACCUGGUUAGAAGAUGCUCGUCAACAUUCCAACUCCAAUAUGGUCAUCAUGCUCAUUGGAAACAAGAGUGACUUGGAGUCCCGGAGAGAAGUGAAGAAGGAGGAGGGCGAAGCGUUUGCCAGAGAGCAUGGCCUCAUCUUCAUGGAAACCUCUGCUAAAACCGCUUCAAACGUGGAGGAGGCUUUCAUCAACACAGCCAAGGAGAUUUACGAGAAGAUCCAGGAAGGGGUCUUUGAUAUAAAUAAUGAGGCAAAUGGCAUCAAGAUCGGCCCCCAGCAUUCUGCCACCAACUCUUCACUUCCAGGCAGCCAGGGUGGACAGCAAGCUGGUGGGGGCUGUUGCUGAGCACUGGUCCUCUGCACACCUCCCCUCCUCCUCCCCACCAUCACCUCCGACUCGCCCUUCCCUGCAUUUGUACUGGACUAGUUGGGCUCACUAACAGUUUCUUAACCUCCCUCAGCCCAGCCCUACGACUGGAUUCUAAUCAUAUAUUAGAUGGCCACCAAAUGGAGGAAAAAUGAAUGACAAAAAGGUAGAGCCCAAGUCCCAAGCAGAUCUUUCUGUAAAACUCCUGAAGCCUGCACUGAAGCUGCAGCAGAUAUGAAAUGGUUAUUACCAGUCAGUCACGCAGAGAGAUGAGAGCUUUAGAGUAAAUAUCCAUAUAUAUGUAUACAUACCUAUUUGUAAUGCUCGUCUAAGACCGUUGUGAUUUUUAUUUUUAUUUUGUUUGUUUGUGCCCUUUUUGACUUAAAAUUAUUAAACACUACAAAGUCAUCUCUAGUAUUUUAAUCGGUUUGUAGUCAGUGAAUUCUCUAAAAACUGUGGUGAACUCUGAAAUCAGAAGCAAAACAAAAGCAGAGCUAACACUCAUCAGCCUUUAUCAAAAUGGUGUUUAAGAAGAAACCGUGCAGGACUGUUUGAACAUUCUGUAUUUAUCAUUAUCGUUCUGUAUAUAUAGUUAUCAUUUCUUGCUUUGGUGUACAUUGACUGAGCUAGACCUCUGUAUUGGAUUUUUGCUGAAAUUCUCUACUGUAUGAACCCAAGCUUGAACUUGCAACAGUAUUGCUGCCAUUUAACACCUGCUUUGGCCACCAUUGGAGGUAACAUUUUACAGUGAUGUCUUUUUAGUUGUUCCUGUCAUGUAACCUCUCCCCUCUCUUGGCUCUCUGACCUAUGUACAGAAACCUCUGGCUCAUUAUUCUUUACCUAUUUUAAUGCCAAAUUUGUGUUUACCCGUGUUUUUGUUCUAACAACUCCAGAGAUGGAUCAACUUCUCCAGAUAGAUCUGCUGUUUGCCUUAAAAAGAGACUUUUGGACGGCAAAACACAUAAUCAUGUAACUCAAAGAAUAUGUCCCAGUUACUAGGUAGAAGUCAGUAUGAAACAUAUACUGAACAUACCACAACAUACCAUGUAUCCACCCACAUUCAUGUGUAUAUAUAUAUAUCAUACAGAGAUUUUACCCUACUUCAGGACAAUGUAGUACACUUGCACUCAUGUCUAUACUUAUAUCUUCAUAGGACUCCACAUACACACAUGUGCAUAUUUGUAUGCAUACUUUUUUUUUUCCAUCAGGAUAUUUGUUGCAGUUCAGUCUGCUGUGUAAUGUCAAGUGCAGAUCAACGAUAAGUGUACAUUGAGUGGUUGUGUAAUGACUUGCUUUCUUUGGCAGUAUGACAUGUUAGUAGAUAUGGUGAACAUCUUUGUCUGUUGUGAAAGGGUAUGAUAAAAAGCCAAACCUGGAGUAACUUUGUGACCCCUUUAUUUGCUGUGUUCUUGAAAUGAAAUGCUAUCACAAUGAACUAUAAUAAAACCUUCUGAACUUA